AAAAGCCAACCAGAACCAUUAACAAUCCUUCCUCCAACUCUUUACUCUGCCGUUACUCUAUCUUCUCUCCAAACGGUUAUCCCUGUAGCUCUACCCUUAAACGCGCCAGUCAAAAACUGCAAUAAAAAUAUAACCAAAGAUGCUCACGCUCUCCCCAUUCUCCAAUGCAACUUCCCCCAAUCUCCUCUCCCCUCAUCCUCUCUCCUUUCCUUCUCUUCAAUUUACACAGCUCGCUGGUUCUCAUCGGAGAGAUUUCAGAGCUCGAAUGUCGUCGGAAUCGCUUCCUCCUCUGCCGGAAGACCGCAUCGUGCUCGGCUGUGGAGCGGUGUCGGUCGAUUUCUUGGCUGCCGUGGCUUCCUAUCCCAAGCCUGACGAUAAAAUUCGAAGCACCAGCUCCAAGGUUCAAGGGGGAGGUAAUGCUGGCAAUUCAUCGACUUGUGCUGCUCGUUUGGGCUUAAAUCCACGGCUGAUUUCUAAGGUUGCAAGUGAUGGGCAAGGAAAGAGUAUACUGAACGAACUUGAAUCUGAUGGAGUGGAUUCUUCUUUCUUUAUUGUUUCCGAGAAGGGUAAUUCACCGUUUACUUAUGUAAUUGUUGACAGCCAAACGAAAACUCGUACUUGUAUUCACUCCCCUGGGCAUCCACCGAUGACACCAAAUGAGCUUUCCCAGUCAAGUUUAGCACGUGCUUUGGAUGGAGCAAGGAUUGUCUAUUUUGAUGGAAGGCUGCAUGACACUGCCUUAGUUAUUGCAGAAGAGGCAACUCGCAAGAAGAUACCUAUUUUAGUUGAAGCAGAAAGGAUAAGGGAAGGAUUAGAUGACCUUCUAAAAUUAGCUACUUAUGCCAUAUGCUCGGCAAAAUUUCCAAAGGCAUGGACGGAGGCACCAUCUAUUCCAAGUGCACUUGUAUCCAUGCUUCUGAGAUUACCAAAUUUAAAAUUUGUAAUUGCAACAUUGGGUGAAGAUGGAUGUAUAAUGCUUGAGAGAAACGUAAAUGGGAGUCCUGAUUCUGAAGAGAUGGAUGUAGAAGUCUUAUUGGAAUUGCUGAAGCAGAGGAAGGAUGACAGUGCUGUCCUCCCAACCUGCAUUUCAUCGCCAGUGAUCCAAUUGACAGCAAAAGGGAUAGGGGCAGUCAGUGGCAGGUUAUUUGUGGGAACAGCUGAGAAGAUUCCUCCAUCAGAAAUUGUUGACACAACUGGUGCUGGGGAUGCAUUUAUUGGAGCAUCUCUUUAUGCUAUAUGCGCUGACAUGCCACCAGAGAAAAUGAUACCAUUUGCCUCUCAAGUGGCAGCUUUAGGCUGUAGAGCUUUGGGAGCCCGGACAGGUCUUCCACACCGGACAGAUCCACGCCUGGCAUCUUUUUUUUAAGACUCCAGCAUACCAUCCCCAUCACAGUAAAAGCAAAUUGGAAACUCUCACAAGCAUAACACAGGUCCACGGAACCCUACACAUUUCCAUAAUUAUAAGUUUUUUCUGUGGGCUUCCCUUUUUUACCACAACUAAGGGUAUGUUUGGCAAAACCUAUAAGUUAGUUUGUUUAUAAGCAAUUUGCAAAAUUUCUCUUUAAUUGUUUGUUAAGUUUGAGGAAAGAGAAGAAAUUUCUUUAUUUGAA